AUGGCAACUGGGAACACCAGUGUAAAGACCAGUUUCAUUCUUGUGGGAUUUUCAGAGUACCCAGGGUUGCAGGUUGUCCUUUUCGUAUUGUUUCUGGCCAUCUACCUCAUGACUCUGGCUUGGAACCUGGGCCUCAUUGUCCUAAUCAGGAUGGCAUCCCACCUCCACACCCCUAUGUAUUUCUUCCUUGGUAACUUGUCCUUUGUUGAUAUCUCCUACACCUCCUCAGUAGCCCCGAAGAUGCUCUGCGAUUUCUUCAAGGAGAAGAAGACCAUCUCUUUUGUGGGCUGUGCUGUGCAGUUGUUCUUCUUCAUUGGGAUGGGUGGCACUGAGUGCUGCCUCUUGGCUGCCAUGGCAUAUGACCGGUACACUGCCAUCUCCAGCCCUCUGCUUUACACGGCCCUCAUGUCGCCCGCCAUCUGCAUGGGGAUGACAGUGACAGCCUAUGCCGGAGGUUUCCUCACUGGUUUGGUUGAAACCAGCUCUGUGUUCCAGCUCCAUUUCUGUGGGCCAAGAGUCAUUAACCACUUUUUCUGCGACCUGCCACCCCUGCUGGUCUUGUCUUGCUCUAGUACUUUCCUCUGCCAGGUAGUGAACUUUCUUGUUGUGUGUGCAGUUGGUGGGUCAUCAGCUCUUAUUGUUCUUGUCUCCUAUGGCUACAUCAUUGCUGCUGUCCUGAAGAUCCAUUCAACCCAAGGGCGGACCAAGGCUUUUAAUACCUGUGCCUCUCAUCUGACCACAGUGAUUCUGUUCUAUGGUUCUGGACUCUUCUCGUAUCUCCAUUCUAGUGUGAGCCACUCACGGAACCAAGAUAAAGUGGUGUCCAUAUUCUAUGGAGCUGUGAUCCCCAUGUUGAACCCCAUCAUAUAUAGUCUGCGAAACAGGGAAAUCAAAGAUGCGUUGAGUAAGCUCAAGGAAAGGAAGAAGCAGAUGACUUCUCUGUGUCUCAUAGUUCCUUGA